AUGCGGGAGCUACCGGCCAGAGGACGAAGCCGACCAAAGAAGUUAGUCGCCAUUGCCAACAAGAUCCACGCACAGGAGACUCGCUGGAAGGGCUCCAAGUUAAGGGAACUAGGCGAUGGCUACAAGCUCAUCAACCAUGACACAUCAAAUCGCAAUGGCGUUGGUGUCAUAUUGAACGAAGGGCGGACUCCAGACGUUUGGCAGACUUUCGUGACCCUGAAUAUUUGGAAAGGAGAAGGAGGCAUUGCUGACUACACUAUGUACAGGCCUAUACAAUUGCUGUGCCACACGAUGAAGGCUUUUGAGCGUGUCUUGGAAGCUCGUCUAAGGACGAUUGCCAGCGUUUCACUCAACUCUUGCGUGUUUCUGAAGGAACAUGCAGCAUUAUAG